AUGCCUCUCGUCCCGAUGUUCCGUGCAGCAGCCUGUGCCCCCGUGCGGCGCGUCGGCGCCAUGAUCGCGAACGGCGCCCGUCUUCGCUUCGGCGGGAUCGCGACUGGCCGAUUCCACGGGCCGCCGCGCGAGCUCCCGCGCUUCGCUGCGAUGCCGUUCGCGAGCUCGAGCGCAGCUGCCGCCCCGGCGGCGAGCGGUGCCAGCGGGGAGGAGUCGGCCAUAGACGCGUUCUUCGCCCAGUUCCCGAGUUUCCCCUACGACCGGAAGGGGCAGAUCAUGACCGAGUUCCGGCGGCUAUGCAAGCACCAGGGAUGGGGGCACGACUCGGAGGAAAAAGAAACGGCCCUGAAGGAACUCAGGGCAGCAAUAGCCAUGGAGUUCGGCACCAUCUACGGAACCGACCCGAAGUCGCUCACGGCGUGGCAGCUGCUCUGCGACACGGUCCGCAUCUCGCCGGUCCCGGACACGGUCAAGGACUGCCGAAAGAAAAUCCGGGGCGUGCACGUGAACCUGGUCGACCUCGUCCACGGCGGGCGGACCGACAGCCCGGUCCAGGUCUUCGAGAGCCUCGAGAAGCUCAGGAAGUACUCCAAGAGGGGUCACAAGAUCUUCCCGCUGGAAGAGGCCAAGGAAGAGGGCCUGCUAAAGCACCUGCUGCGCAAGAUUUACGCCGGCUCCCGCGACGACGACGACGACGACGACGACGACGACCUGGAUGCGUAG